AUGGCCGAGCCCACCGACACUCAAACUCAAACUCAAAUCCCCAUCGUCCCAGAAGCGGAUGACGAUCUCUACAAUGAUGAUUCGGAUUAUGGCAGCGCAUCCGAUGGAAGCGCCACCACCUCGCUCGCCUCUAGCAUCGUGAAUUACCAAUACGAGAAUGGACGACGAUACCAUGCGGCUCGACAGGGAGAGCAUAUUCUCCCCAACGACGACCGAGAGCAGGAACGGCUCGAUCUUCAUCAUCACAUUUGCACCCUCGCCCAGUCUGGGUCGCUCUAUCGCGCCCCUAUCAAGCAGGGAAUCGAAAAGAUCCUUGACCUCGGAACGGGAACUGGAAACUGGGCGAUUGACAUGGCAGACCAAUUUCCAGAGGCUAUCGUGACAGGGACUGAUUUGAGUCCAAUCCAGCCUGGAUGGGUGCCUCCCAACUGUCGCUUCGAGAUUGACGACUUUGAGCUUCCGUGGAACUGGAGCACGCCGUUCGACUAUAUUCAUAUGCGUGCCAUUGAAGGAUCAGUCGGUGAUUAUGACACUCUGUUCAAACAAGCCCACGACAACCUCACGCCUGGAGGGUGGUUCGAAAUCUGCGACGACACAGUCGGGGUGUUUUCCGACGAUGACACCAUUGACAAAGCGCCCAACAUGACCCGCUGGGUAGGGCUGCUGAUUGAGGCAAGCCACAAAUACGGCAAGCAUAUGAACGUGUGCAAGAACUAUAAGCAGUGGUUGACCAACGCUGGCUUCAAGAAUGUCCGAGAGGAGAUCUAUAAGAUUCCAUUCUCUCCCUGGCCCAAAGACCCGAAGCUCAAGGAGCUGGGGAGGUACCAUCAAGUCAACAUGCUCGAAGCCCUCGAGGCCUACUCGCUGGCUUUGAUGACUCGGUUCCUUGGAUGGUCAGUUGCCGAUGUGCAGCUGCUGUUGGCUGGAGUGCGCAGGGAGUUACUGGACCGGAAGUUGCAUAUCUAUUCCAAGAUGUACGUGGUGUACGGACAGAGAGAGUAG